AUGGUUGAAUGCGCUCAUAGGUGCCCUUAUAGUGGAGAAGUAUCGUUGUCGUGGAAUCUCGAAAGUGAUCUAAGAAGACUUCAGAGAACCAUAACCACCAUCAAAGCAGUGUUGUUGGAUGCCGAGACAAAGCAGACUCAAGAUCAUCAGCUGCGUGAUUGGCUGGGGAAGCUUAGAGACGUUUUUUAUGAUGCUGAGGACGUUUUAGAAGAAUUCGAAUUUCAUGCUUCCAGGAGGCAACGGAAGAGCUCAAUAUCAAAGGUACGUCAGUACUUUCCAAGUUCGAAUUCUGUUAAAAUUGGUCACAAGAUCAAGGACAUCAGAGAAAGGUUAGAUGAGAUGGCAGAUGAUAGGCUAAAAUUUCAUCUUGUUGAGAGUCAUGUUGACGUUAGGCAUGUAAUUCCAAAGGAGAGGGAGACAAAUUCCUUCUUUCAAGCCUCUGAUAUUAUCGGAAGAAAGGAGGAUAAAGAAGACAUAAUAAGCUUUUUGAAACAACCAACCCAUGUUAAUGUUUCCGUCAUACCUAUUGUUGGAAUUGGGGGUUUGGGUAAAACUACCCUUUCAAAAAUGGUUUACAAUGAUAAAAAGGUCAAUAGGCUUUUUAAAUUGAAAAUGUGGGUAUGUGUCUCAGAUGACUUUGAUGUUAACAGGUUAAUGAAAGAAAUUAUUUAUUUUGCAACACAUGAGGAUUGUGCUAAGUUAAAAGCCAAUGAAAUACCCAAGUGUUUGCAAAAAAUUUUGGGUGGUCGAAAGAUUUUGCUUGUCUUAGAUGAUGUGUGGAAUGAAGAACCGAUGAAAUGGAUGGAUUUGAAAAGCCUAUUGUUGAAUGGUGUUAAUGGAAGUAAAAUUAUUGUGAGCACACGUAGUAAAAGAGUUAGUGAUAUAAUGGGCACUAUUCCCCCACAUUUCAUGCAAGGUCUUUCCUUUGAGGACUCUUUAUCAUUGUUUAAAAUGUGCGCAUUUAAAGAUGGAGAAGGGAAAGAUUUUCCAAAGCUUUGUAAAAUUGCAGAGGAAAUUGUGGGAAAAUGUAAAGGAGUUCCGUUAGCUCUGAGAACUUUGGGAAGCUUACUCUUUGCCAACACUGAUGAAGAAGAGUGGUUAAGAAUAAAAAGAAGUGACAUUUGGCAGUUGAAACAAGAGAAGGAAGAUAUCUUACCAGUAUUGAAAUUGAGCUAUGAUUAUUUGUCAUCGCGCUUGAAGAGAUGUUUUGCUUAUCUUUCUUUAUUUCCAAAGGAUUAUAUUUAUGCAAGUGAUAGUGUGACUCGUCAUUGGAUGGCAUAUGGACUUCUUUCAACCUCUAGUAAUGAAUUAGGAGAGUUAGAAGAUGUUGCUGAGGGAUAUCUAAAGGACUUAUGGUCAAGGUGCUUCAUAAAGGAUUUUGAAGAAAUAGAUCAUUUAUAUUAUAAGUUUAAAAUACAUGAUCUUAUGCAUGAUCUUGCAAUAUCAGUGGCAAAAAGUGAGUGUGCUGUAAUAAAAUCUAGAAGCCAAAGAGUUCAUGGGAGCGUUCGGCAUUUUGCAUACAUUGUCUUUGAUUCCGAGCAUCAAAAACCUCAAGAAAUUCUAGUUAACAGAUCAAAGACAGUUCGAUCCAUUAUUGUUCAAGAAAAGCUUAACGAGUUGCCUCAAAAAAUACAAAAUAUGAUCUCCCUUAGACACAUGGAAAUAACCACACAAGAGCGGCAUCUACGAGAAAAUGGAAUUGAGUGUUUGAGUUCUCUUCAGUAUCUGCUUUUACAUGAAUGCCACCAUCUGGUAACAUUGUCUGAAGGAAUGAAACGUCUCACAGGCCUCUGA